CCACUCUGGGCACUGCCGACCCCUGCGCCCACCUGGGGACCGCGGCGGGGGAGCGCUGCCGGACAGAUCACCCAGAGCGAGGAGCUGGUGUGGGGCAGGCGCCGACACCGGAGGCCGUGAGGCAGCUGUGGACAGAGGCUGAGCUGCUGCCCUUCCCUGGGACUCCUGCCAGGACAGCCGAGCCCUCCGGCCCCCAGGGGAGCCCCAGAGGCCCCCGGAUGGGCGAGGAGGGAACAGGAGCAGCGGUGUGGGGUGGAACAGCCACUGAGCAUCCGAGGCCCCCCGUGUCUGCAGGCACCACCGAGCAGGCAGCUGCAGGAAGCGAGCUGCUGGUGACCAGUGCGGGAGCCCCAGUCCCUGUGCAGCCAGACACAGAUCCUGCCACCACGGACCCCCUCGGGACUCACCCUGUAGGACAUGUGACAGAGGAAGGUGUAACGACCAUGCAAGGGACCCCUUUGCAUUCACUACCCACCAUGGCAGUGCCAGGCUCUGCUGGGGGACAGAGGGGAACCCCCAACAUCCUGCUGGGAUGGAGGUCCAUGGGGACAGUCCUUGUGCAGAGCCAGGGGGGUUUACACAGCUCCUCGUUCCCUGAGCUGAGGGCUGGGGAGGGCCCAGGUGCCACUGUCCCACUGGGUAACAGGAGCCCAGGGACCCACCCAGCCACCACUCUGGCCACUGACAGCCCGGUGCUGGGGACAACAGGGAUGUCACCCUUUGUGGAGGGGUUGCAGAGGCUGCUGACCCCCACAGGGGCAAGGCAGGGGACACAGCAGGGGCUGCCGGGGCCAGGGCUGGCAGGAGGACAGGGCUCUGCCUCUCGCCCAUGGCAGGGUCCCCACUCUGCCCCUUCCCACUUUGUGCUGUCCCUGGGGCCUGCUGGCCGUGAGGGGCCUGUGGCCAGCACAGCCUGGCCAGCCCUGGGCACAGGCCCAGCCUCACUGCCUGCCACAGGCAGGAGGUCGGGUCUGCCUGUCCCCACCACCAUAGCCGGCACCCCAGGGGUGACAUCCUCCAGCCCAGGGGGAACCCUGGUCCCGACCACAGGAGUCUUGGGGCCACUGGACAGGGGGGGUUCCCCUGAGCACAGGCACAUCCCCCUGAACCCAUCAGCUGUGCCGAGGCAGCCCCCAUCCCCUCUGACCCCCAGCAGCAGUGCUGUGGUGCAGAGCAGGGUGACUCAUGCCAGUCCUGGGUCCCCCCAUGUCCCCCUGUCCCCACAGCCUGCCCCAGCCAGUGGGGCAGUGACCCUGCUGCCAACCCCGCUGUCUUCCCCAGGGACCGGCUGGGGGGUCCUGGGGCUUGGCCCUGCUGUGGGCACCCCCCCAGGAGACCCCUCCCCAGGGCUUCCCCACACUGACUUGAGGGCUGAGAGCCCCCAAAUCCUGGAGGGGACCCAGCUAGGGGUGGGCAGCCUGGCCCCUCCCUCAGCCCCUGGGCCAUCCCAGCAGCCACCUUCAUCCCAGCCUGCGUCUUCCCUGGGCCCAACCACCGCCGUGGCUGCCACCACCACAGCCACCACCACAGCCACCACCACAGCCACCACUGCCAGCCCAGAGCUGCUCAGGGUUGAGGGGACGGUCACGCCGGAGCCUGGUGCUGCUGAACUGCAGCGGGACGUGGCAGGGCUGACCUGGGGGCCCCCAACUCCUGUGCCCACCGUGAUGCCCAGGACCCCCCAGCAGCCCACAGAUCCUGAUGGGACCCUGGGCCAUCGUGGGGGCCCCAGGUCCCCUCCAGCUGUGAAGGACACAGACCUGGCCCAGCCAUCGAGCAGCCCUGCGGGGCAGCUGGACACUGAUGCCCCCCGAUUGAUGCCAGCAGGGGCAGGCAGGGCCCCACAGGUGUUCAUCGUGGAAGAUCAGCCCCCGCUCCCGAAAGCCUCCCUCCUGCGGAUCCCCUGCGAGCUCGUGCUGGAUAUGGGCUUCGUCCCGGCCCUGCAGGACCCCGGCUCCCGUGAGCGCCAGGAGCUGCUGCACAGCUUCAACCAGACGGUCACCCCCCUCUUCAUGUCGGUGCCCGGGUUCCUGCGGCUGGAGGUGACGGGAAUCAGGGAGGGCAGCGUGGUGCUGCAGUACGAUGCGCUGUUUGCCGUGGAGCAG